GCCCGGCCUCUCCCCGCGCCGACCUCAGGAUCCGGAGGCUGAAACAAGCCGUUGUUCGCACCCGCCCUCUGACCUGCCACCCUGGACAUUGUUUUCCAUUCGCCCGGGGCGCGGGUGGGAGGCGAGGAACGCCGGGGUUUUGGAGCCUGGCUGCGCGCCAGACCCGUGGCCUUCGGCCCUAGGGCUCCCCAGCGGGAGGAGAGAACGCGGGGGUCCCAGACGCUGCUCCGGCCCUCCCGCCUCCAGCGCCGCCAUGGGCUCGCGCAGCUCCCACGCCGCGGUCAUUCCCGACGUGGACACCAUUCGGCGGGAGACCGGCUUCUCUCAGGCCAGUCUGCUCCGCCUGCACCACCGGUUCCGCGCCCUGGACAGGGAUAAGAAGGGCUAUCUGAGCCGCAUGGAUCUCCAGCAGAUUGGGGCCCUGGCCGUGAAUCCUCUGGGGGACUGCAUUAUAGACAGCUUUUUCCCCAGCAGAAGUCAGCGAUUGGAUUUCUCAGGCUUUGUCAGAGUUCUGGCUCAUUUUCGACCAGUGGAAGAGGAGUCCCCCGGAAUCAGAGACCCCAAACAACCUGAACCCCUCAACAGCAGAAUGAACAAACUUCGCUUUGCUUUUCAGCUCUAUGACCUGGAUGGAGAUGGACUUAUCUCCAGGCAAGAGAUGCUCCAGGUUCUCCGGCUGAUGGUUGGGGUUCAGGUGACAGAAGAACAGCUGGAGAGCAUUGCUGACCGCACUGUGCAAGAGGCUGAUGAAGAUGGGGAUGGGGCUGUGUCCUUCCUGGAGUUCACCAAGUCCUUAGAGAAGAUGAACAUCGAGCAAAAAAUGAGCAUCCGGAUCCUGAAGUGACUUUCUUUGUGCCUUGGCUGGUCAUGUAGACCAGCAUCUGCGUGG